UUCAUUUGUGCCUAUUUAGAUACGCCAAGUCCUGCAGCAGCGGACACCUGGAUCACUCUUGGUGACCCUGAUAUGAAAGUCAAAGUCAAAAGAAGCCUGUACAUUAAAGCACGAGAUGGCUCGACAGACCGUAAGAAGUUCGCCUUGAACUUAUUGGAACUGCUAUUUACUGCAGACGUACUAAGAUCUUCGACAUUUAUGGGAUCGGAGAGGAAAAAAAGACUCUGCCCGUUGCGCACAAGCGCCUUGAAAGCCACUAUAUUCAAAGAGUUUCCUGCACAAAACGCAGAGGAGAGACCACAAGCUGGGCUCGAAUAAAGGAGUCAAUCACGGACAAAUGUCGCAAAAUAAAAGUCGGCAAGCAGACACCGGCCGAUUUCUUUGAGGAGAGUUAGGCCGGUGUCAUGACAUGUGUACGCCUGUGAGACAUCGCAUUCCAAUCGAAUACGAAGUUCUAUGUUUUUUGGUCAUGUUUAAAAUUUUACUGCAGAAAAAAGUUCCACUAGGCGUACCUUGCUACCCUCUUUUAUUCUCUACAUUUGUCGACUGAAGUCUCAUUUUCUGGCUUAUUUGAUUACAAAGUUUAAAGAUAUCACGCAAGCUGAGUCAUCUAUUACUUUCAAGAUCUUCACUGAAGGAUAAUCUGGCGGCAUACCGUCUUGACGACCGGAAUACAAUUGGAAUUCGACCUGAAUACCGUCGGAAUUGCAGCCUGGAAUAUCAGGAAUUUAAUGGGAUUAUAGGCCGGCAUUCCAACGGAAUUCCAGGUAACUGGGAAGGAUACCGCCGGAAUACCUUCGGAAUACCACCGGAAAAUCGCUGGAAUACCACCGGAAUACCGCCUGGAAUACCGCCCGGACUAUCUGGAAUUCCCCGGAAUGCCGGCCUUAAUCCCGCGGAAUUCCAGGUACUCCGGGCGGAAUAUUUAGUAAAGAUUUCCGAUUUAGCGGAUUAUAAGCGGAAUAGGCAUAUAGUAGUGGAAUAGGCAUAURGUAGUGGAAAUUAUGUAGAAGAAAUUAUGUCUUCAAUGUUUGGUAAUGCUAUUCAAAGAACCUUUUUAUAAUUAUCUUGGUUUUACAAAAAAUCGCUAUAUUUAUUUCUCUAAACACAAACAAGAGGCAACACAAGUAGCAUAUUAUAUAUCUGCACUUUUUAUUGAUUAACAAAUUAUU